AUGUUAGCCAGAUAUAUUCUCAGUUCUAAUAGGAGGUUGUUACGUUGUAUCUCUGAUGCUCCGGUUAAUAGUCCUAAAGCUGCUGAAAAUGAGCAAUGGCUACAAAACUUAGAUAAAGCACGAUAUGAAUCAAAGCGAGUAAGAGAUGAGGUGGACCAGAAUGCUAUACAAGAAGAUAAAGAUUCCAAAUUUUUGGAAGGUCCCGGGGGAUUUAAAUAUAAAAUAGCUUCUAAAUCACAAGAAUCAACAUAUAUCAUUGUAAAGUCGCCUCUAAGCAACUUUACGUCUGUGGAAUACCUUCAAAGAAACAAGAAUCGUAAAAUCCAGCAAUCUAACUUUGUUGAUCUGAAAAUCGUUAAAUGCAGGAGUGGUAAUGGUGGUAAUGGUAUGGUAUCGUUUUUCAGAGAUGCAGGAAGAUCAAUAGGUCCUCCUGAUGGUGGUGAUGGUGGGAAUGGGGGUAGUGUGUAUAUUCAAGCCGUGCCAGGAAUAAAUACAUUGGCAAAACUAAAAAACACAUAUAUUGCUGAUGACGGUAAAAGUGGUGCAGCUGGGCAACUGGAUGGUGCUAAUGGUCGUGAUAUCCUACUUACAGUACCAGUGGGUACUGUAGUAAAAUGGUGUAUGGAUCCUACUGUUGUUCGUAAAUUCAUAGAUAAGAAGGUACGUUCCAAUCAAGGAGAUUCUUUAAGAAAUAUUCUCAACAGUAACAUGGUAACAAUGCAAUGCAGAGGUAUGUAUGAACUGGAUAGGAUACCAAGGAAAAUUCAGUUAUUUAGGAAUUCGUAUGAGCCUGGAAGCGGUUGGUUAUUCAAAGGUAAAGAUGAAGACUACCACCUUGAAAAGGAUUGGUUUAUUGCACUGAACAAGAAGGUAACAAAUCACGACCUCGAAAUCAUAACACAAGAACUAGAAAAUGACAGCUUUCCUUUAUUUGGUCUUGAUUUGUACAAGCCCACAGAAAAACCGAUCUGUCUCUUAAAAGGUGGUGCAGGUGGUUUAGGUAACAUGCACUUUUUAACCAACCUAAUAAGGAACCCUAGGUUUGCAAAAUCUGGACGUGCUGGUAUAGAACAAUGUUUUCUUUUUGAACUGAAGGCUUUAGCUGAUUUAGGAUUAGUUGGUUUACCAAAUGCCGGUAAGUCUACUAUAUUGAAUCAAAUUUCUAAUGCCAGGCCUAGAGUAGGCCAUUGGGAGUUCACUACAAUGCAUCCGACUAUUGGUACUGUUAGUCUAGGAAUAGAUAAGCCUAGUUUUACCGUCGCCGAUAUCCCAGGUAUAAUUAAAGAUGCCUCUAUAGAUAAAGGAUUGGGUCUUGAAUUCUUACGGCAUAUAGAACGUUCAAACGGUUGGGUUUUCGUCAUUAGUUUAGAAAAAGAAUCUCCAAUUGAUGAUUUGCAUACACUAAUUGGGGAACUUGGUGGCAUGGAAAAGGUGGUCUCGAAGAAUAUCUUAGUUGUAUGUAAUAAGGCAGACAUUGACUCUGAUAAACCAACAAUAUCCUUAACGAAAUACCUAAGAAUUGAACAGUUCUGCAAAGCGCAGAAUUGGGAUGUGAUACCGAUUUCUGCCUUGAAUGGAGAAAACAUUGAUAUCUUAUUAGAAAAAAUGGCCAAGUGUGCUGGUAAGUUGUAA